AUGAUUAUAACGCACUGUGUUAUUUGGCAAGCUGUAAAGAACUCUAUCUCUCUGAAGACAGUAAACUUCAUGGGGUGUAAUGUGACAUGGCAGGGAGCAGAUCACAUGGCCAAGAUCUUAAAGUAUCAGACCACCAGAAGGCAUGCAGACACCUGGGCUGAGAGUCUUCCUUCCAGGAGAUCUGAUCUUGACUGUAUGGCUGGUUUGAGGAGCAUCACUCUGAACUACAACACGCUCAUUGGUGACCUGGGUGCAAGUGCUUUUGUGGAAUCUCUUAGUGAGGAUUUGUGGCUUGGAGCACUUGACCUGCAGCACUGUGGCCUCACCAGUGAAGGAGCAAAGGCUUUACUAAAGGCCCUUGAAACCAACAGAACUCUGCUCAUUCUGGUAAUAAGAAAAAAUCCACCGGUUGAUCAUUCUGUGAUGAAAGCAGUUAUGAAAAAAGGUCUGCAGAAUGGAAGGAGUGCCAAGUCAGAGUACCAAUGGAUAAGUUCUCCAUCGGUGAAGGAACCAUCCAAAGCUGCUAGACAGAAAAAGAGAACUAUAAUUUUGGGAAGUGGUCGAAAAGGAAAAGCUACUCUUAGAAUUGUUGCACAUUACAGAAAAAAAGCUGGAACAAAAAACAUGUUUUCCAGAUGUCCAGUGGUGCCCCAGAAUAGAAGCAAGAUGAAUAUUCCAUUCCGCAUUGGCAACACCAAACGAGAUGAUUCUUUAGAAAAAAGAUUUCUCGACAAAGCUCUUGAACUCAAUAUGAUCUCCCUGAAAGGGCAUAGUUGCGGCUGCAUCGGUGGUUCUUCUGGGUCCGUGGGAGGCAUUCGGGCCUCUCUGCAUAACGCUGUCACCAUCGAAGAUGUCCAGAAGCUGGCAGCCUUUGUGAAGCAUUUUUUGGAAAUGCACCCGCUAUGA